ACGCUCCGGAGAGUGUGCGUUUUCGGGCAGAGCACAAACGUCGAAGAACCAGCGCGUCCGUCUCGCGAAGCAGAGACCAGACUCGGAUUCGUCGAUCGCGAGGAUCGAACGAACUCCGGAGAAAGCGACGAGUGCAGCGAACCCCACAAGCCUGGAAAGCCCAGUUUUUUGUGCAAGCAGGUCCCCCCCCGUCACGGUCGCGCUGCUGGACGCGCUAAGCAGACAGCAGCCACCGGAAGGGGAAGGGAGCAGAUACAGCUGGUUCGUUUCCAGCGACUGUUGGAGAAUGAAAGAAGUUUAAAUGAACUGCCACGCGUCAAAGAAAGGCUGCAGAGGUUUUUCGCGAAGGAUCUCGCUGCAGAGUCCUCAGCUUUGGGGUAGGCCGACUCAGGGAAAACACCCCGCAGGUCGACCGCCAGGUGUGCUCUGGACGCGCGGGGGAAGUGAAAGUUCCGCGGGCUAUCUACAGCGAACCGACUUCCCGAGAAAAAGGACUGAGAAAAGUUGACGUUCGUGCGUCCUUUCGAGGCGGGAAAAACCAGCGAAAAUCGAAGCCGCUCGCGAGCCCCACACUACCUGAAGUUCGGGCGGUUUGUGCGCAGCGAGGGAAGUCUCCGCAUAUAAGAGGACCACCGUCACUAAGCGUAGAGGCCGAGAGAGGCCUACGGGUCGUUGUGUCUCCGCCCACACUUGAGAAACGCUCUUUGUUGGCCUGAGGCGACCGGCUUUCUUGUACGCGCCGCGGCUGUUCCUUGUCGGGGGUUUCCAGGGGAAGAAUUCACUACUCUUCUGAUUUUCCUGCACUUUUCCGUCCUCGUCGCCAACGUUUCUUCGUCACGAUGUCGGGCAUCGCAGUGGGCUUGAAGCGCGGCUAUGUGGUCACCAAGAAGGCGACGCCUGCGCGUCCUUCCCGCCGACCUCGCAAGCUGUCUCCGCGCAUGAGCUCCAUUCGGGAAAUCAUUCGACAAGUUGCAGGUUUCGCGCCUUACGAGCGACGCAUCAUUGAGUUGCUGAAGAUUGGCACUGCCGCCACGACCAAGAGAGCGCUCAAGUUUGCUAAGAAGCGACUCGGAACUCACCGCCGCGGCAAGGGAAAGCGUGAGGAGUUGCAGAACGUCGUCUCUGCUCAGCGCAGAAAGGCGUAGGCGAAUGCGGAAGCGAGGAAGGCCUGCUUUCACGUUGGAACAACUCGAGCGGUGAAGACAAACUACGAGCCGGCAGCACCUCUGCGGUGCCUCGCCUCUUGGCGGGGCGACGCCUCGGUGCUUUUCCGGCUUGUGUUGAAAGUGUGCUGAGUCCCUGUGAGUCUAGUCUCCAUUACACCAUAAAGGCGACUUCUGUAACUGUAUGAACUCUUUCCAAUUCCUUGAUUCCUCCUACCGGCCCGAGCGGAACGCGAAACAGAAAUCGGCCCCCGAGCCCCCAUUGGCAGCCCGGGGCCUCCGCUAGCUGAGCGGAAGAACGAAAAACUCUCCGUUGCCGCAUGUGAAGACACGUUGACUUAGAAGAGAUGUGAGUGUAUGCUUUAUCGGAGAAAGGGUUAUGUACCCGACUCGGCACAGCAAACUCGCACGCUCGCCA